GGAGUGAAACAAAAAGUCAUUUUGGGCUGUUCGAGUGUCCUUGUGCUGUGUCUGGAGCCCAGCUGUAGCUGUCACAGUACUGUCGUAUCUCCCUCGGAUUGCCGCUGCACCCUGUCUGAUCUCUGCUCCACCAAUCUCCCUCGACGUUCACACACUUUCUAAUAUUAGCUUCAUUCCAGGUUUGCAAAACAGAAAUCCUCCUGACAGUCAAAGAUCUUUUGAAGACUACCUCACUCACUCAGCACCAUAAAAAGAUAUGUUCCCUUCUCCUCUGUUUUCACCCCUCCUCUCUGGGAUUUCCAGCUCUUAGGCUUUUUUGAUUUGGAUUCAACCAAGCCCACAUGUUUUGACCCCAUAAUCAUACUCUGCACCUUCUUUGAUCCCUCCUCCCCAUCCCUGCUCUCCCUUUUUGUCUUUGUCUCUUUCUGUCUGUCCCAGGGUUUAUCCCGUCAUCAGUGAUCUCCCUUCAUCCCUCCAAUCCUCAUCUGUUCAUCACAGGAGCACUGACAGAGGACCGUCUCGCUGUGCGUGACACCUAAAGUGAAUGAGUGACAGAAAGUGUACUCACAGGGGCGAUAAACCCAUGAGUGGACUGCUGGAGGAAGCAUGACCACGAUCUGACCAAAAUCUCCAGAGGACUGUCCAAAAUCGGUUUAUCAGUUUUCCUGUCACCUCUGUCUCCGUGUCCAUUGGUAACGGCGUCUACCAACCAGAGCCAUGGGUGAAAUGGAGCAAUUACGUAAAGAAGCGGACAGCCUGAAAGACCAGAUCACGGCAGCCCGAAAGGCAGUGCAAGACACCACCCUGCAGGAAGCAGCAGCUGGGGUCGCAGUAGUGGGACGUAUUCAGAUGAAGACCAGGAAAACACUAAGAGGUCACCUCGCCAAGAUCUAUGCUAUGCACUGGGGCACCGACUCCAAGUUGUGUGUCAGCGCAUCACAGGAUGGAAAGCUCAUCGUGUGGGAUAGCAUUACAACCAACAAGGUGAAUGCCAUCCCUCUCAAGUCUUCAUGGGUGAUGACUUGUGCCUACGCACCUUCGGGGAACCUCGUGGCUUGUGGCGGUCUGGACAACAUGUGCUCCAUUUAUAACCUCAAAGGCAAAGAUGGGAAUGUCAAAGUCAUGCGUGAGCUGGCUGCACACACAGGUUACCUGUCCUGCUGUCGUUUCCUCAGUGACAGUGAGAUCAUCACCAGCUCUGGAGACUGCACUUGCGUUCUAUGGGACAUUGAGACAGGCACUCAGAAGACAGUCUUUGCAGGACAUCAGGGAGACUGCAUGUCAUUGGCCGUGUCCCCAGACUUCAAGAUGUUCAUCUCAGGGGCGUGUGACUUCACAGCAAAGCUGUGGGACAUCAGAGAGGGCACGUGCAGACAGACCUUCGGAGGCCACGAGAGCGACAUCAAUUCAAUUGGGUUCUUUCCCAAUGGUCAUGCGGUGAUAACGGGAUCGGAUGAUGCCACCUGUAAGAUGUAUGACCUGCGAGCUGACCAGGAGCUCAUCACCUACCAGGACUCCAGCAUCAUGUGUGGGGUGACCUCACUCGCCCCCUCCCUGUCUGGACGCCUGAUACUGGCUGGUUAUGACGAUUUCAAUGUCAACAUUUGGGAUUCGCUUAAAGCUGAGAGAGUGGGGGUCCUGGCUGGACAUGACAACAGAGUGAGUUGCAUUGGUGUAUCCUCAGACGGAAUGGCAUGUUGCACAGGAUCCUGGGACAGCUUCCUCAAGAUCUGGAACUGACCAGCAGGCACAAAGGGAACAGGAGCGCUGUGUUGGUAUCAGCCUGUGAAAAAGAGUUAGACAAAAAGAGAGGGGAGCUUUUGAACUUUAGGAGAGCUACAGAGUCUCAUAGGGUGAGAAGAAGGUAUUUUCACUGUGCCAAUUCCUGUUGAACAAUAAGGAGAGGAGGUCAUAGGAAGGUCAAUUUCUCUCACUUGUCUUCUCACUUUAUGAGAAAUUUGGAGUUGACAGACCAGGGGGGGGGGGGUCAAGUAAAGAUCAUUCCUGUUAGUUAAUUAUCCUGCUGAAAUGGUAACACAUGCACAUUUAUCAUUUAUAACAGACAUCUAACGUGAACGUUUGCCAAAUUAAAAUAGUACCUGGGACAAGAUGAAAUCAGAUUCAUCUGCAUAAGUUCACACCAGCUGUUUUAUAUCUAAGCACAAUAUGGAGAAUAUGAACCUUUGCAUUUGGUUUCAAACUGUUUGUAGUUUUUCUAGAUACCUUAGAUGUGUAUAAACACUUUUUGUUGGGUUCUGUCAUUAAAGCUACAGUGUGUAGGAUUUAGUGUUCUCUAGUGGUGAUAUUAUAGAUCGCUUUAUACUAUCACAGAUCACACUUUUGUUUCCCUUCAUGUUUUCAUUUCUUUGGUGAUGGGGGUUCGUGCUCCCUUGCCUUCUCUUGUGAUAAGCCACUAUGAUCCUCCAUUUCACAAAAAUGAGCGUUCUCAAACUUGUUAGCCAACAAUCGCAACCAGUAUAGAGGGGACCAACCACUGACUCCUCUUCUUUUUUCUUCAACGUCCAGCCAUGUUGCAAAAUACGAAAGACAGUGUAUGUCCCUUUGGGAUACUGUAUCUACAUGGCGGCCUCCAUAAGGGGGCCUGCCCCCAUUUAGACACAAACAGGUCAUUCUAAGCUCAUGAAAACACAUUGAUUUGUUGUUGCAGGUAAUUAUAGCCUAAUGAAGAGAUAGUUAUGUGCUAUUUGCUUGUGCUAUAUUCAAUUUGUACUCAUAAACGCCCCCAAAUCCUCCACACUGCAGCUUUAGUCAAAAAGGAGUUGUAGUUUGCAGGUGUCUAAAUUGGUGAUUGGUGUGUUUUCUGUGUGACUGAUGGACAAUGUUUAAGGGGUUUUGGGGUUUGAUGAAGAAAAUGCUUUAAUAGACUUUAAAAUACCAGAAAUUAAAACAGUUUUUGUGGUUCAGGGAGCAUAAAAAGCAGAAUGUAGGCAGUUUGUAGCGGAAGACUUUUUGUGCGAGUGCUGUAUGGAACAAAAACAUAAAUUAAUCACCACAACAGUCUUUACAUCACGUGUUGAGCUCCAGGCCCUCAAAGAACUUUUGAUCAAGGUUGUGGACCAAAACACAUGAAUAAUUUCUGUGGCCUGUGAGUAUACACAUAUUUUUUUAUUAUCCUUCAACACGGGGGAACUGGCGGCAGGUCACAGACAAAAUACCUACCAAAACCACCAAACAAGCAAAAGCAAACAGCAAAACCACUUUCCUUCACUUUAUGUGUGCUGUCAGUUCCUUUUAGCUAGUCGGCUCCUUUGACUCCUGAACUGUAGGGUUGCAGUCUUUUCACUAAAUUUCACAAUAAAGUAUGUAUUUAAUUA